AUGGCGACAACUCCUCCUGCGGCGGCUAUUACCUCCACUGCCGCUCUUCGAGAUUCUCAGCAACCGACCCCUACGCCAUCAUCUUCAGCUGUUCCUCCCGCCCUUUUAACAUCAGCUUCUGAGUCGAGCGAUGACGGAAUCCAUCUAAGUCCCGCCGCAGCUCGUCGCUUCGCCCGCCGCAACCUGCGCCGCCAAUCUCCAACUCCCGACCUCGUUACUAGCCUCGUCAGACCACCCUCGCCAGAUACUUUCUAUAUUGGAGCACAGAUCCCUCAACAGGGUAGGCAAGAUGUUAGAGGCCGCCUUGAUCCUACAUAUUCUCCAGGUCUGUUGAUACCAAAUGUCAACUCGGACCGGCGAACCGGACCCAUGGCUUCUCCUCACAUUUCUUCUCUCGGAAUCCCUAAACGCUAUGGGGGAAACUGCAUCUUUGACAUGUACUCUUUAACAUAUGUCGCGGAGCCCGACCCAAACCUGUUUUGUCCCAUCUGCCACGAUCCUCUCGUGGACCCCGUUACAACUCCUUGCGACCACACAUUCUGCUACCGAUGUUUACGGCAAAGCAUUGACUCCAGCCCAUCAGGCACGGCUUGUCCCAUCGACCGUGAACCACUAGCAUGGCCCAAUUGCUUCAGCGCACCGCGACUCAUCCGCACGCAGCUCAACAACCUCAAGGUCAAGUGCCCUUAUCACGCACGAGGAUGCAAGUCGGAAGUCCGCCGGGAGGUCGUCGAGGUACACGCCACCACACAAUGUCGUUUCAAGGACUUUACUUGUCCCGGAGUCGAUUGUGAUAAGAGAUUACGAUCCAAGCCCACGGACGAUACCUGUCCACACAAAGAAGACAAAUGCCAACACUGCAAAGCAUCUUUUGACGCUCCUGACCGCGAGCUCCAUCUAUUGUCUUGUCCCAUGAGCAAGACCCGAUGUGAGACUUGCUGGAAGCUUGUCUAUCGCAGUCAGACCAAGGCCCAUGAUGAGCUGGAAUGCGAAGGGGCUAUUGUGAACUGUACAUAUAGCGAGUUUGGCUGCCCGGCUCGUGUCAUGCGUGGACAUAUGGAUUCCCAUACCAUGGGCUGCGCAUUCCACCCGGAAACACCAUCAGGCAUGAUCAUCAGAUCCCAACGAGAAAUCAUUCAGUCUUAUACCGAUUUGGGUCAACAAGUCCAGCAGUUACAAACCCGCCAGGACGAGACCAAUCAACGUAUUACUGAAUUCAACUCAACCAUCAGUCGUCGAGGUGUGGGCGAGUCUACCGUGGGAGACAACCGCACCAUGCAAGACCUCGACGCUGGCUUUGAAGAGGUUCACCAGAACCUAACACACCUCGAAGCGCGACAGAGCAUGUGGACUAUAAACCAAAUCAUGCCCAUCCGCGAAGAGGUGACCGAACUACGAAACAAUAUCAACAUGAUCCGAAUGCAUGUUAACUGGCUCCUGAACCGAAGUCGCGAAGAAGGCCGCAUAAGAGCGGCUGCGAACUCCGGUUCAACGUCGACUUUGCAGAGGGACAGGUCGGUAGAAGGCCCUCGUCUCUCGGAACGCCGUCGCUCAGCUAGUGUCGAGGGGACGGACCUGCCCCGUCUGUGA